GCAGCCUUUACGAUCCAUCCGUUGUCGGAGUUGGAGCUCUUCCUCCGGGGAGUUGGAGUUUGCCUGGCCGACUGCGAGACUUGCGAUCUAGAGUCCCUUGCCGCAGAAGUCGCAGACGUGCUGAUCCGCGAAGCCGUGAAACCAACAGACCCACGACUCGCACGGCAUCUUCCCAACGUUUUGUCAUAUCAAGUCAAAGCCAGCUGGCAGCGAGCUGUUUUGGAUUGCCCGGCAGAGAUGCAGCAUCGUUGGGCAGAGCUCCAGCAGUUCCAUGGCAUACUUGAGAGUGACUUCAAGUCGUGCCGGGCUGCAGGCGACAGAUACUUUUGGACUGCCUGGAGCUACAUCACAGAUGCAGCAACCACGCCAACUGGAUAUUUGAACUUCGAGUGUCAGCUUAUUGAAAGUCCUUUGGGUCACGGUCCACUGAUCUAUCGGGGCCUUAUGUGUAAGGAUGUUGAAGGGCGCUUUGAUGACGUUUUUGUCACGGGAUACUGCUUGCCAACUUCUUGCAACGGCCCUCCUUUGGAGCACUUCUUCGGGCCGGUGCGCCAGCUGUCAGUUCUUGAGUUUACUCCUGACUUGCAGCCAUGGUGGGCCAGGCCGUAUGAAAGCCAGUUUGCUGACCUCACGGAGCCUCGACUUGUUGUAGGAACAUGCCUUGCUGCGGGGAUGGCCUUCAGAAUGCUUCGUUGGCUUCUCCAAGGCAUUUCGGCCCUGCUCAGCCCAAGCACGAGUACUGCUGGUGUUGAAACUGACCCCAACCCAGUCAUUCCACGCAACCGGCUGCUGGUUCCCGACUUGUUGCGCAUCGUUGCCGUUGUGGCAACUCUCCAGUGCCAUACGGACUUCUCAAACAAGUGGCUCAAGACCUUAAUGUCUUGGCUUCAGUUUGGAAUUUUCUUCGCACUAAGUGAGUUCCUCGCAGCAAAGAAGGGCCGCAAUUCGUGGUCGUCGGCUUUGGUCCAGUGCUCAAGGCUCUGGCGCAAAGGGAGUCGGGAGUUGCCACAUUUGGCUUUGACGGUGUGGGCUUGGAGUGGUGCCUUCCUAGCUGGGGACUGGACUGGUUAUCUUUUCCAGCGAGUGCCGGGCUUCACUUCUGCGUUCUACCUCGGUGCACAGAACUGCAUGAGGAGCCUCCAUCAGAGAGGCUUUUUGGCAGAGCUGUUUCACCUCCCUAUUUAUUUCGUUGGCGCGGAAGCGGCUCAUUGGAAGCCCUGUGGCUCUUGGUUGGUGAGGAUGGACUUUCAACUGGAAGUUGCCCUGACUUCGCUGCAGCUGGUCGAAAGCCUGCUCGGGUUUGCUCCCCGUCUUCUCGCGGAAGUCUUUAUGGCAUUUGCCACAAUGGCCCACAUGACAUACAUGACGGCGAUCGAAACGGAAGCGUUGGGGCUUGUUCGUGGUAGUUUUACUUUCGCCUGGAUCAUGAGGAGAUCGUUGAGCCUCCACGCGAAAAUGUUCAGACUUUCGUCCCCGAGACAUGCCUUGGGCUUGGCUACUGCGUUUGUGGCGGUAGCUAUCGCAGCCUGCACAACAUUCGUGUCACUACCCCAUGCGGUUCGUAAGGCGUAUCCCCACCUGCCUGAGGAAGAGCUCAAAAGCCAGCUCUUGAUCGAAGAGGCAAAGUUCGGGCUGUUGGGCACACUGGCCUUGCCUCAUGCCGCACUGCUUGUUCUCCAUUCCAGUGAGUUCAUCGAGGCGAGGUGUAGCUUCCUCAAGCCGCUUGGCCCACUCUGUGCAUUCUUGGGCCCUCUCUGUUUUGGCGUGCUUCUGAACCACGGCUUCCUGGCUUUUGCAACCUGGGAGUUUAUUGGCAAGUUGCCAGAAAAGACUUUAGAAUUGCCUGCUGUAUUGAAGGCACCCGGGCGGUCCAGGAUCGCUUCGUUUCUCAUUUACGUCGUGGCCUGCUAUGUGGCUUCUGAGAGGUUGCGCAGCUGUGGCAUUCCAGAUCACAAAGAGACGCCUAGAGUCGAGCCCUUGGCUUUUCAUUUCGUGGGUCUCACAGAGGGCUUCUUCUUGGUCUUGCUUUAUCAGGCUUCAACCAGGCCGGCAGCAUUGAUGGUGGUGGUGGAUAUUGACUAUCGCGAGUACUUCCUUCCCGAUACUAUCCAGGAGCUGCAGCGCGCUUUCGACAAGUUUGACACAUCUGGAGAUGGUGCCAUCUCAGUCAAGGAGUUGUACCAAAUGUUUCGAAGCCUCGGCAAGAAAGUGAGCCGCCAGCAGCUGAAGCACGUGCUUGCAGAGAUUGAUACCGAUGGGAAUGGCGAGAUUGAGUUCGAGGAGCUGUGCAUGCUCGAGAUCAAGAUGAGCGGGGCCCGGCCACGAGCAGAUCUCAUUGAUUAUCGGGAGUUCCUGACGGAGCGCCAGGUGGCCAAACUGGAGACGGCUUUCCUGCGCAACGACAGAAAAAACACAGGUCUUAUUGGCCUCGAUGCCUUCUGCAGCAUCGUGGAAAGUCUCGCACCCUGGACGGAUCGAACACCUGUUGAGCAGCGUGCUACGCGCGAGGACUACGAGGACGUACUGGCCGAGGUGGAUCCCCAAUGCCGCGGCAGCAUUGACUUUCACCAGCUUUGCUCGGGCUUUGCAGUCCUCACAAAAGCACGUAAGAUGGUAAACUACAGAGAGUAUCUCCAGCAGGACGAGGUAAAGGAGUAUCGUCGCAUCUUCAAUGCCACCACGCAGAAGAAGGGCCAAAGUGGGCUGUCGAAGUCAGACCUGGACCGGAUUUUGCGGAGAAUGGGUGCUACAUUACCGAAGGCGCAGCUGCGUGAGUUCUUUCAGUAUUUCGACACCGACGGCUCGGGGUUGAUGGACUUUGAGGAAUUCUGCGUGAUGCUCCUGAGGGUCCGCAACCUUAACAAGAAUCGGAUCGUGAGCCCGGAGACUUGCAGCUGUUCUCAGUUGUGGAAAGAGGAGGAGUUCAGCAUCGAGGAACUGCAGCAGUCCGGCUUCACGCUGGAGGAUUUCAAGCAUGCCAGCAUACCGGUCUCUGCUCUCCAUAAAGACGGAGGAUACUCUGCACUGGAGUUGCGACGUGCCGGAUUCUCUGCCAAGGAGCUGAAGCAAGGUGGGGUGGCGCUAAUGGAGCUGCGACGAGGCGGUUACAGCCUCAUGGACCUUCGCCUGGCGGGGUUUUCAGCUCAAGCCCUCGAAGGUGCCAACCGCCAGCUCCUUGGGUCAUUCUCCGCUGGUGACCUCUCUGUGCUCCCACGCAUGGCUCCCAAGCCUGUGGUCUCCAAGGGAUUCGCACUCAGCAGCGCUGGCUUUGCGUUGCUGAAGAACGCACCAGGCUCAUUUUUGGAUGUCGCUGUGCAGCGGCCCCUGCAACGGCAAAUGACGCCGAUGAUCCGUGAGCACACCGAUUGGAAGUCUCCCUACACAGGGCAGGCGAACCCGACUGGGGACAGCCUGGAUGCCUUGGCCUCCACCAGCUUCCAGAGGUCUAGACCCAGCGACAACAACGGGUUUCUCCUGGACGCGAAGGGGAAAUUCUUGGGUGGUUGA